AUGGAAGCCGGCGACCAUGCAGGUGGAGGCGCAGCAGACAGAAGUGCUGCAGCAGCAACAGCAGCAGGAGAUGCAACUACUCUAGGGAACGGUGGUGCUGCCGCAGUUGCUGCUGCCGACAGCAGCAGCAGCAGCAGCAGCAGCAGCAAGAAACGGCAGCAUGAUGAUCCCUUCUCCCCAACCUCAUCUAAACGGCUGCAUCCUGCUGCUGCAGCCACCACCAACAGCAACAGCAACAGUAACAGCAACAGCAGCAGCAGCAGCAGCAACAGCAGCAGCAGCAGCAGCAACAGCAGCAGCAGCAGCAACAGCAACAAUAAUGACAACAGCAGCACCAGCAACGACACCACCAAUGGUUCAACAACAGCAGCAGCAGCAGCAACAACAACAACAACAACAACAACAGCAGCAGCAGCAGCAGCAGCAGAACAUCAGCAUCCACAGCAGCAGGAGCAGGAGCAGCAGCACGACGACCAUCACCAGCACCACCGCCACCGCCACCAUCAGCAUCAGCAUCAGCAUCAGCAUCAGCAGCAGCAGCAGCAGCAGCAGCAGCAGCAGGACCGCUUCCUGCGCCGCGCUAAUCCAUUAAAUAUUCGUUAUUUAUUUGGACUUAGACGUCUUUAUAAAUCUGCUAAUCUAAGAAAAGAUCGAAAAAUUGCCAAUACACAUAAAAAGGGUAUAUCUUCUAUACUUCGUUUCCCUUUGCCUCUUAUUGGUAAUAUAAGAGGAGAAUUAUUAGGAGGAAUAGGAAAAAAAACUGCUACUAUUCUUAUGCAUGUCCUUGCAGCAGCACCCGAGCCUCCAGAUCGACACCCUGAUGGUCUGUUUGCUGCUGUGUCAGCAGCAGCAAGUGCUGCUGCUGCUGCUGCAGCUGCUGGUGCCUCUCCUGCUGAAGCUGAGUCAGCAGCCAUGACCGGUGCUGCUGCUGCUGCUGCUGCUGCUGACUGCAGCAGCAGCUUGCUGCAGCAGCUGCACAGACACCGCUUAUCUGCAUUAAAGCAUGCAGAAUCCUUUGCUGCUGCAGAGCAGCGGCGAGGCCGCCUCCCUCUCCUCCCCACCACCAACACCAGCAGCAGCAGCAGCAACAACAACAGCAGCAGCAGCAGCAGCAGCAGCAGCAGCGGUGCUGCUGCACUUAAGCUCCCCCCCCGCAGCAGCAGCAGCUGGAGUGUCUUGGUGUGUCUGUAUUCAUUUGGUCAUUUCUUUAAGGAAAGAAAAAUGCGUAUUAAUUAUAUUGCUGCUGCUGCACACAAGCUUAGGGCACAGGUACUCCCUUCUGCUGCUGCUGCUGCUGUUGAUGAUGAUGAUGUUGCUGCUGCUCGUGCUGCAGAUGAUUCUCCUCAUUCUGCUGAUCAUGCAGAUGCUGUUGGCGGUCUUCGUGCUGCAGCAGAGAAGCUGCUGCAGGAGGGGCUGCUGCAGCAAUUCCCCCACCGCAGCAGCAAACGCAGCAGCAGCAGCAGCAGCAGCAGCAGCAGCAGCAGCAAAGGAGCAUCAGCAAUUGGAGAGCUAAAGCCGAUUUUGCGUGGCUCGUUGCAGCAGCAGAGGCGUCAGGAAAAGUUGCUGCUGCAGCAGCAGAGGCAGCAGCAGCGGCAGCAGCAGCAGCUGCUGCGGUACGCCCUAACUCCCUUAGGGGAAGCAGUUGCAGCAAGAACUGCUGCUGGCCUAACAGUACCAUUAGCCUCUGCUACUCCUCCUUGUAUGGACAGCAGCUGCUGCAGCAGCAGCAGCAGCAGCAGGAGCAGCAGCAAUAGCAGUAGAAGCAGCAGAUGCAGCAGCAGCGAUAAUGAAGACAACAGCAACAGCAGCAGCAGCAGCAGCAGCAGCAGCAGCAAGAGACACACGGGGAAAGAAGCAGCAGCAAACUGUGUCCUUCUAAGUUCCUCCAAAACCAGCAGCAGGUGCAGCAGCAGCAGCAACAACAGCAGCAAAUCUGCAAGUCCUGCUGCUGCUGCUGCUCCUCCUCCUCCUCCUUCGCUACCGCCAGCACUUAUGCUGACAGCUUCUGCAGCAACAGCAGCAGCAGCAGCAACCGCAGCAGCAGCAGCAGCAGCAACAGAAGAAACGCUACCCACGCCAAAGAAAACAGCAGCAACAACGGCAGCAAAAACAACAACAGCAACAGCAGAAGCAGCAGAUGCUACUGCUGCAGCAGGAACAGUGCCGUGCAGCAGCAGCAGCAGCAGCAGCAGCAGCAGCUUCGUAGUGGAGCCUCUCCUGGAGAGGAUAAGAAGGGCUGCAAAGGCAGCAACUGCAGCAGCAGCAGCAGCAGCAGCAGCAGCAGGGGAUGAAGCAGCAGCAAUAGCAGCAGGAACAGCAGCAAUGGCAGCAGCAACAACAGGAGUUCCAGCAACAGCAGCAGCAACAGCAGCAGCAAAGGCAGCAACAGCAGCAGCAACACCACCAUCACGGCGCAAAUCUCCUAAGGCGCGGGCUAAGGUCAAUCCAACAACAGCAGCAACAGCAGCAGCAGCAACAGCAGCAGCAACAACGCCGGCAAGAGCACCAACAGCAGCAGCAGCAACAGAUCCAGCAACAGCACAAACGCCAGGAGCAGCAGGAGCAACAGCAGCAGCAGCAGCAGCAGCAGCAGACUCUGGCGGUACACGUCAGCAGCAACGGUUGCAGGCAGCUCGUGCGUUGGCAGCAGGAGCAGCAACAGCAGCAGCAGCACUUGCUGCUAGCAACAAACCUCCUGAGUUGCUGCUGCUGAUGGAUACAAGAGAGCGCCAUGGCAGCAGCAGCCGCAGCAAACGCAUGCAGCAGCAAACGCUGCUGCAGCGGCUGCUGCAGCGCAACAAAGUCCCUGUAGAGAUAAGGUGUCUCCCUGUAGGGGACUUUGCUUGGUUAUGGAGACCUGAUGCAGCAGCAGCAGCAGCAACAGCAGCAGCAGAAGCUGCAGCAGCAGCAGAAGCAGCAGUAGCAGCAGAAGCAGCAACAACAUCGAGGGGAAAAGCAGGUGCAGAAGCGCCAAGAACAGCAGCAGCAGCAGCAAAGCAGCAAAAGAAGCAGCAGAAGCAGCAGCAGAAGCAGCAGCAGCAGCAGCAGCAGCAACUUGAGUUUUUGCUGCCAAUAUUAAUAGAGAGAAAAACACCAGGGGAUCUCUUAGCCUCCGUCUUUGACGGAAGGUAUAAAGAUCAGCAGCAGCGAUUGAUGGAUGCAUUGGGGAUAGAAAUGGCGAUUUAUUUAUUUGAGGGGGACUGCAGCAGCAGCAGCAGCAGCAGUACUGCUGCAGUUGCUGCUGUUGCUGCUUCUGCUGCACCACAGAGCUGCUCUUCUAACUUUGCUGCAUCGUCGUCUGCAGCAGCAGCUAUCAGCCCAAUGGCAGUGGUACCAGCAGCAGCAGCAGCAGCAGCAGCAGCAGCAGCAGCAGCAGCAGCAGCAGCAUUUAUUAUGGUCAGUAUGGUAGAAGGAGUUGGGAGCUCAAUGGCGCUGCAACUUGCUGCUGCCUUCCAGACACCAGCCAUGCUGCGGCGCUUCUUUUGCAGCAGCAGCAGCAGCAGCAGCAGCAGCAGCAACUACAGCAGCAGCAACAGCAGCAGCAGCAAGGAGAUGGAGAUUGCAAGGACAGAGGAACUCUUUGCGGCAUUCCUGCAGAAGCUCAAGCAGCAAAGAGGUUCUGCUGCAGCAGCAGAUGCAGCAGCAGGAGCAGCAGCAACACCUGCUGCUACUACUCCUCCUGCUGCAGCAACGCCAAAGCGCAGCAGCAGCAGCAGCAGCAGCAGCAGCAAACAAGGGACUCCCCGUCAUUCUCCUUAUCCAGUAAAACGGCUAACGCAACUCAAGGGAAAUGCAAGACUUGCAAAGAUCUUCUUUGCAUUAAAGGAGUUAUAUGAAGGCCCGGGUGUAUCCUCUGCUGCUGUUGCUGCAAAUUCUGCUGCUGCUGCUGCUGCUGCUGCUGCGAACAAUGAUACUGCUGCUGCUGCUCCUGCUGCUACUAGCUGGAGCCUGACUCAGCAGCAGCAGGUUGGGGAAGGGCAGCAGCAGCUGCUGCUGCUAGACACAGGAAGUGCAGCAGCAACACAAGGAGCAGCAGUAGCAGUAGCAGCAACAGGAGCAGCAGAAGAAGCAGCAGCAGCAGAAGCAGCAGCAGCAGCAGCAGCAACAGACAUAUUUAAUUUGCCUUCUCUUAGUGAUUCAGAGGAUGAAGACAUUAGCUAUGAUGGUGCAGCAGCAGCAGCAGCAGCAGCAACAGCAGCAACUGAGCCUGAUGCUGCUGCUGCUGCUGCUGCGUGGUGUGCCGGUACAGCAGACGAUCCAUUAGAAGUCUAA